AUAACAUGUACGUAUUCAUCACUCUGCUCUGGUCUGGGCAUUGGUCCCUUGUUGUGACUUGUGGAGGGCACAUCGUGAAGGGUACAUGAGAGUAAGGACUGGGAAUUUUGGAACGGACGUCCUCCAACGGCUCUACCCACAUCCUGUCUGCUUAGCAACGGGUGGGUUAAUUUGCGGGAGGUUGAGACUCCAAGAAGCAACAAGCGAUUCAAGAGAUGGACAAGCCGUUGACGUUUCUUGGACACGGGCACGACGGGGCAGAUAGCGCAGUGGCGCGCAUCCUAAGCUUUUGGCAGACGCAGCCACCACUUGGUCUUGUCGUCUGGGGCUGUCAGAGAGUCAGUCAAUGUCAGUGAUGCGACUUGAUGCGACGAACGGUCGAUGCUUCAGUGCAGUAGUGGUAGAUUCACAUCAUGGAAACUGGGCAGAGACGGCCAC